AGUUGUAAAAGAUCAACAAACAAAACCAAACCUUAAAACAGUGCACACUUUGAAGUUGGAAACAGAGGCAUAUUACAAAGAGCAAAAAUAUGGAUUCUAUCAAGUCCUUCAAGGGGUACGGCAAAGUAGAUGAGCUCGAGCAGAAAGCCUUUCAGAAGAAGACACGUAAGCGUGUGAUAAUCGUGAUCGUCUCGUCCAUCGUUCUCAUAGCGUUGAUUAUCGCCGCGGUUGCAGGGGUCGUCAUAUACAAGCGCAACACCUCAUCAUCCUCAGCCGACUCGGUUCCCCAACCCGAUUUGAACCCGGCCGCGUCACUCAAAGCUGUUUGCGAGGUGACUCAGUACCCUAACUCGUGCUUCGCCGCAAUCUCCGCCGUCGCGAACUCCAACACCACCGAUCCCGAGCUACUCUUCAAGCUCUCCCUACGCGUCGCCAUUGACGAACUUUCCAAGCUCUCGAGCUUCCCUUCGAAGCUCCGCGCCAUUGCGAACAACGACACGCGCCUCCAGAAGGCCAUCGACGUUUGCUCCACCGUCAUCGGCGACGCGCUGGACCGGCUCAACGAUUCGAUCUCCUCGCUAGACGUCGCCGGAGGCGGCGGCGCCGGGAAAAUUCUCUCGACGGCGAAGAUCAGCGACUACGAGACCUGGCUCAGCGCCGCGAUCACGGACCAGGACACGUGCCUGGACGCUCUCGGCGAGGUGAACUCCACCGCCGCGCGCGGCGUUCUACGGGAAAUGGGAACCGCCAUGAAGAACUCCACCGAGUUCUCGAGUAACAGCUUGGCCAUCGUCACGAGGAUCCUAGGGCUUCUCUCGAAGUUGAACGCGCCGAUCCACAACCGGAGGCUGCUAGGAGCGUUCCCGGAGUGGGUGAGCGCGGCGGAUAGGAGGCUGUUGGCGGAGGAGGGAAACGAUACUACGACGCCGGACGCGGUGGUGGCGAAGGACGGCAGCGGACAGUACAAGACGAUUGCGGAGGCGGUGAAGGCGGUGAAGAAGAAGAGCGAUAAGAGAUUCGUGGUGUACGUGAAGGAAGGGGUUUACGUGGAAAACAUCGAUUUGGAUAAGGAUACGUGGAAUGUGAUGAUCUACGGUGACGGCAAGACCAAAACCGUCGUCCAGGGUGGCCGGAACUUCAUCGACGGCACUCCCACUUUUGAAACUGCCACUUUCGCUGUUAAAGGAAAGGGAUUCAUUGCCAAAGACAUCGGAUUCGUUAACACUGCAGGUGCAGCUAAACACCAAGCUGUGGCUUUAAGAUCUGGCUCGGAUCGUUCUGUGUUCUACAGGUGCUCAUUUGAUGGGUUUCAGGAUACUCUCUAUGCACAUUCUAACCGCCAAUUCUACCGUGAGUGUGACAUUACAGGUACCAUUGACUUCAUAUUUGGAAAUGCUGCUGUUGUGUUCCAAAGUUGCAAAAUCAUGCCUAGGCAGCCUCUAUUAAACCAGUUCAACACAAUCACAGCUCAGGGCAAGAAGGAUCCUAACCAAAACACUGGAAUUAUAAUCCAGAAAUCUAGCAUCACUACCUUAGAGAAUGACAAUCUCACAGCUGACACAUACCUUGGUAGGCCUUGGAAAGAUUACUCCACUACUGUUAUCAUGCAAUCUGAUAUUGGGUCAUUCUUGAAACCUGUUGGGUGGGUGAGUUGGGUUACCAAUGUGGAACCUGCAAAUACCAUCUUGUAUGCUGAAUACCAGAACUCUGGGUCAGGAGCAGACGUGACCCAGAGGGUCAAAUGGGCUGGUUAUAAGCCCACUCUCACGGACUCUGAGGCAGGGAAGUUUACUGUGGAGUCCUUUAUCCAGGGCCCUGAAUGGUUGCCAGAUGCUGCUGUGAAGUUUGAAUCUUCCUUGUGAUUUUAAUAUGGGCCUCAUAGAGAUUACUAGAUUAGCAUCAACUGCUAAUCAUAUUUUUCUUGUAUUAGCACACUCUUGUAACUUGUAUUGUAUAACACGUAUUUUUUUUGACCUCAUUUUGAAUGGUUUGUAAAAUUCUUCCGGUUAA